AUGCCUCCGGGCGUAAUGAAUUAUGUGUUUGUGUCUCCCUGUACCUUUUGUCGGAGAAACGCGAGAAAACCAGAAUGGCGGGCCGAGACGCGAACCUCUGAACCGCCUGACCGCGACGAACACGAAAAGUCACCGCCACGAGUAUUGAGACCGAGACGCACCACCAGACCGCCUAACAACUAUGGCCAAGAGCAAGAAAUCGACAUCCAGCAGAUAAAUGCGCGUUCGCAGCAGCAGCAGAAGAAGAAGACACUGGGCAAGCCAGUAACCCAACGGGAAACGGUAACGUCGGACUCCUCGACGGAGAGUGAGGACCCGAACGCCUCUGAACUUAUACGAGAGCUCGUCAACCUCAGGAAAGACAUCAAACUGCGAGAUGAAUUGCGCAAAGAAGAGCUGCGGAAGGCUAAGGAAGAAUUCAGCGCCGCCCUCGCAGAAGUGCGACACGAGCUACAGAUCCUGACAGAUAGACCAUUGGUAUCGCAAUCCGAGGCAUGCUCUCAGACUGGCCUCGAUGACAUCCUACGCGAAAUUCAAACCCUACGUGACGCAAUUAGCACUCCCGCCCUCACAGGCUCCCCGUCCUACGCAGAUGUCGCCCGUAUUCCUCGACUCAGUCACCCGAGCAACAUACGGACUCUUUCAACGUCGAACACGACACCGACCACCUUCACCGAUACGCUAUACUGCACGAUAGACACCUCAAAGAUGACCGAAAGCGAAACCGAGCACCAGCCGGUCAAGAAAGUGGCGGAAACAAAGAUCGGUGCGGGAGCCCGGGUGCUUCGGGACGAGCUCUACCCGAUCAAGGUCGACAGCGUCAAGAGGGCUGCAGUACUGGAUGACAACCAUGACAUCCUGUCAGGAGCGGCGGCAGCCCUCGGUGAGGAGAACGAGACUACUGUCGCCAAAAUGACGUGGCUUAGCAGCAAGGAAGCCGCGAAGCCAUAUGGGUCAAUGGUCGUGUACCUAACCAAAGGCGCUGACGCGCGGAGGCUCCUGGCCGAGGGAUAUAUCCUGUGA